GUCAUCAUAAAGACAACAGUCCUCCAAAACCGGAACAAUGUCGGGAUCAUCCAGCGUCGUAGCGAUGAAGAAAGUCGUCCAACAGCUCCGCCUGGAAGCUGGCAUGCACAGAGUUAAGGUGUCGCAGGCCGCAGCGGACCUGCAGCAGUUCUGCCUGCAUCACGCCCAGCAGGACCCUCUGCUCACCGGCAUGUCGUCCACCAACAACCCGUUCAGACCGCAGAAAGUCUGCUCCUUUCUCUAGCGCCGACACACCGACCGACCCUCCUCCGUUAUAUCACAGCACGUGUCCUCCUCUGUUUUGGACAUUGUGUUGCCUUAAUGGAACCGGACUGCAGGACCUGCGUUGUGGACUGAAAUGGCUUAAAGGAGUACUUGUGAAUUUGGGGACGAGCAACUACCGUUCUUCUCGAAUCUCGAGUGGGCACGAUAUUAGUCCUAGAAGUAACUAACCCACAUGUGCCUUUUGAAUUGUACAUUUUUCAUUCCUGAUUGAGAAACAAAUUUCCACAUUUUCAACUGGCAGCAACAUGUUUUAUUAAAAUGAGUAUAUGCAAUGUG